AGGUACCUAAUAAAAGGUCUUGAUAAAUGAAGCACGGUAAAUAAAGCGUCAUAGUUCUAAAUCCAAUAUAAUAAUGUGAUAAUGCAAUGUCAGCAUCUAGCUGGUCUAAUGGCGUGGCCGGGAGGUCGCAGUGGGAACCUUGUAAUAAAUCAACGGAAACCCAGCGAGUUUGAUUCUUCUCGACAAGUACUCUGGCCCUAGGAUCUGAUCAUAAAGUUAGUCCACUCUUAGGGAGCAUAGGAAGGUGCGAAAAGGAACGUUGCGUGCCUUAACUACUAAAUAAUGGAAAAGGUGUCCCCACAGGCUACUGCAGACUAAAUAAAGUGAAGAAAGGGCCGUUUGCGCCAUUUGUUGGGAUGAGAAUAAAAUAGCGUAUCACUUCAAGGACUAUCCAACACCAGAGGUUCACUGCAAACUGGAGUUUGAUACUGUGAAGGUAUAUUCAGGGGAAUAUUCAAACAUCUGGACCUUCCCCUAGGAUGUCAGUAAUCGAUCGUGGUUGAUAUCGACACCAUGAAAAAUUUGGUGCUUUUGAUUCUUGUUGGGCUUGCGGCAUGCCAGGUUGAGCAUGCGACUGAUAUCGAGAUUCAUCAGGUUGAGGUGACUGAGAUCCCUUGGUCCUCCAUCGACAAAUUCGUCGAAUCUCUGCCACCAUUCAAUACAGAACAGCCCUCAGAUGCUGAAGGUACCACCACAGAAACUCCGACAACUACCAUUAGCGCUAAAUUGACAGAAGCAGACGCUCCGGAAGAGAACGGAGAGUACUAUGUUUACCAUCCUGAAGGGUUCCUACAAAGGAUCGUGUACGCCACCAAAGAUGACCCACAGAAGAUGGAGUAUACUGCUCAGUUGAAGUACCAGGACGUGGAACCAAUCAGAAGUCCUGUCUAUACUUAUGACCCUGAGACAUUAGCAUUAAUCAGAUUGAACAAAUAAUUUUUUGUGUUGAACAGUGCUAUUACGGGUUAUUGUAAGAUACGUACGUAUUUGUUAAGACUACCUACUUUAUUUUUUUAAAUGCCAAUAUAUUAUUUGUUGCACUUAUAUAAAUA